CUCCUUCUUAUACCCGCACCCUGGAUGCAGGAAAGCGCGCACACACCGGUGGUCUGCUUCAGCUUCCGUGUCACUCUCCUGCCUCCAUCUCUGCAUCUCUAUCCCUCCCUACACUCUCCACCAGUGGAUUUCAGCCCACAGCUGUGUGUAACAUUGCUAAAAUGUCUGACAAGCCUGACAUGACUGAGAUCGCCCGUUUCGACAAGACAAAGCUGAAGAAGACAGAGACAAAAGAAAAAAACCCGCUGCCCACCAAAGAGACCAUUGAGCAAGAAAGGAAAGGUGAUGCCACACCUUGACUUCAGCACACGAAGAGAAGGAGCUGAGAUGCCGCAGCAAAAAGCACUUUCUUUUGAUUAUUACAGUAUUGAAAUCUCUUAUGUUGUCUUCAGAAAAGGGUGCUUGUGAGUUCCCUGGGGUGCUAUAAGGGUCUUUGGCAUCCUCACAUGGGGCUCUCUUACCACUCUAAAAACUUCCGCCUGGGUGCCUGCCUUGUACUGUUAGCCUAUAGCUAACAUGUCUCCAAUAUUGCCAAACUGGGGAGUGGUAUAGUGAUGUAGCACAGAUAGGCAGGCAUCCAGGCUUGGGGUAGGUGGGAGUUGUCUACAGACAUGGGAUCAAUCAAAGUCAACACAUGUGGGAUGCUUUUCUUAUUAAACUUUUUACGUUUCUUUAAGAAAUAAAAAUGAAGACAUGGGAAACAUU